GCCGCCGCCGCUCCCUCGCCACCGCCGACGCGCUAGGGUUCCGCCCCCCCGCCCCCUCCCGCCGCCCCGGCUCCCCCCUGCUCCGCCCCCCACCCGACCCCCGACACACCGGUGCGCUCCCCCCGCCCGCCGCCAUGGCGGAGAAGCUGAGGGAUCUGAGCCAGCCGAUAGAUGUCCCCGUGCUCGACGCCACCGUCGCCGCCUUCUAUGGCACCGGAUCUAAGGAGGAGAGGAGCGCCGCUGAUCUGAUACUGCGGGAUCUGCAAAACAACCCUGACAUGUGGCUGCAAGUGGUGCACAUCCUGCAGAACUCCCAGAACCUCAACACCAAGUUCUUUGCCCUCCAAGUACUUGAAAGUGUUAUCAAGUACAGGUGGAACGCAUUGCCGGUUGAACAACGUGACGGCAUAAAGAAUUACAUAUCUGAUGUGAUUGUCCAGCUCUCAAGUAAUGAGGUUUCCUUUCGACAAGAGAGGCUUUAUGUUAAUAAGCUCAACAUUAUAUUGGUGCAGGUUCUGAAGCAUGAGUGGCCAGCCAGGUGGACAUCCUUCAUUCCUGACCUUGUUGCAGCAGCAAAGAGCAGUGAAACCAUAUGUGAAAACUGCAUGGCUAUACUGAAGCUUUUAAGUGAAGAAAUUUUUGAUUUUUCAAGAGGUGAAAUGACACAACAGAAGAUUAAAGAACUCAAGUCCUCACUCAACAGUGAAUUUCGACUCAUCCACGAGCUGUGUUUGUAUGUCCUAUCUGCAACACAAAGUUCUGAGCUGAUCCGUGCUACAUUGGCUACGCUUCAUGCUUUCUUAUCAUGGAUUCCUGUUGGAUUCAUAUUUGAGUCGCCAUUGCUGGAGACGCUGCUGAAGUUCUUUCCUAUGGCUGCCUAUCGGAACCUUACACUUCAGUGUCUAACAGAGGUUGCUGCUCUUCAGUUCGGUGAUUUUUAUAAUGUGCAGUAUGUGAAGAUGUACACAUUUUUCAUGUUGCAGCUGCAGGCUAUUCUUCCUCCUGGAACAAUUCCCAAUGCGUAUGCUAAUGGUUCCAAUGAAGAACAAGCAUUCAUACAAAAUCUGGCACUCUUCUUCACUGCCUUCUUCAAGAAUCAUAUACGCAUACUGGAGGCUUCUGCAGAAAAUAGAGCUGCAUUACUUGUUGGUCUCGAGUACCUCAUCGGAAUAUCAUAUGUUGAUGACACUGAAGUUUUCAAGGUGUGUUUGGAUUACUGGAAUGUAUUUGUCUUGGAGCUUUUUGAAGCACACAAUCAAAUGGAGCCUGCAAUACCAGCUGCCCAGAUGAUUCCUGGAGUUGAUGGUACUGGUACAGCUGUUCACCAAAGGAGGCAGCUUUAUGCAAGUCCACUAUCAAAAUUACGAAUGUUGAUGAUUUGUCGGAUGGCAAAGCCUGAAGAGGUAUUGAUUGUGGAAGAUGAAAAUGGCAAUAUUGUACGGGAAACAAUGAAGGAUAAUGAUGUCCUUGUCCAAUAUAAGAUCAUGAGGGAAACGUUGAUCUAUUUGUCCCAUCUUGAUCAUGAGGAUACAGAGCAACAGAUGUUGAAGAAAUUGACUAAGCAAUUGAAUGGAGAAGACUGGAGUUGGAAUAACCUCAAUACUCUAUGCUGGGCUAUUGGAUCAAUAUCUGGUUCUAUGGUGGAGGAACAGGAGAACAGAUUCUUGGUGAUGGUUAUUCGUGAUUUGCUAAAUCUCUGUGAAAUCACGAAGGGGAAAGACAACAAAGCUGUUAUUGCGAGUAACAUCAUGUAUGUGGUCGGUCAGUACCCAAGAUUUCUCAGGGCUCAUUGGAAGUUUCUGAAGACAGUAGUCAACAAAUUAUUUGAGUUCAUGCAUGAGAUGCAUCCUGGAGUUCAGGAUAUGGCGUGUGAUACAUUCCUGAAAAUUGUUCAGAAAUGCAAGCGCAAGUUUGUGACACAACAGGUGGGCGAGAACGAACCAUUUGUUUCUGAACUGCUCACCAACCUUGCUACGACAAUUCUUGAUCUUGAGCCGCAUCAGAUUCAUACGUUUUAUGAAUCGGUUGGUCACAUGAUUCAAGCUGAAUCUGAUAAUACUAAGAGGGACGAAUACCUGAAGAGAUUGAUGAGCCUUCCUAAUCAGAAAUGGGCAGAAAUAAUUGGACAGGCAGGCCAAAGCAUUGAUAUCCUGAAGAACCAAGAUGUUAUCAGAUCUGUUCUUAACAUCUUGCAGACAAACACAAGUGUUGCGACUUCGCUUGGACCACACUUUUUCCCACAAAUUUCACUGAUCUUCCUCGACAUGCUGACAGUUUACAGAAUGUACAGCGAGCUAGUAUCAAGCACUAUUGCUGAAGGGGGGCCUUAUGCCUCAAAGUCGUCAUUUGUAAAACUCUUAAGAUCUAUCAAGAGGGAAACAUUGAAAUUGAUUGAGACGUUUGUGGACAAAGCUGAAGACCUACCGCACCUUGGGAAGCAGUUUGUUCCUCCAAUGAUGGAUCCUAUUCUUGGUGAUUAUGCUAGAAAUGUGCCUGAUGCAAGGGAAUCUGAAGUCCUGUCCCUGUUUGCAACAAUUAUAAACAAGUACAAAGCUGAAAUGCUUGAUGAUGUGCCUCGUAUAUUCGAGGCUGUUUUCCAGUGUACUCUUGAGAUGAUUACUAAAAACUUUGAAGAUUAUCCUGAGCACCGCCUCAAGUUUUUCUCUUUACUUCGUGCUAUCGGCACCCAUUGCUUCAAAGCUUUAAUUCAGCUUUCCAGCCAGCAAUUGAAGCUUGUGAUUGAUUCGAUCAACUGGGCAUUUAGACAUACAGAGAGAAACAUUGCCGAGACUGGUCUUAGUCUUUUAUUGGAAAUUCUGAAGAAUUUUCAGGCUUCAGAAUUCACGAAUCAGUUCUACAAAACAUAUUUUUUGACUAUAGAGCAGGAGAUUUUUGCAGUUCUCACAGAUUCAUUUCAUAAGCCUGGCUUCAAACUUCAUGUUUUGGUGCUACAACACUUGUUUUGUGUGGUUGAUGGCCUAACUGAACCUCUAUGGGAUGCAUCCACGGCAUCAUAUCCAUCUAAUGCCAUGUUUGUACGGGACUACACAAUCAAACUUCUUGGAGCAUCAUUUCCUAACAUGACGGCAGCUGAGGUGACCAAGUUUGUUGAUGGGCUCCUUGGUUCGAGACAUGACCUCCCAAGCUUCAAAAACCAUAUUAGGGACUUCCUGGUGCAAUCAAAGGAGUUCUCAGCCCAGGAUAACAAGGAUCUGUAUGCGGAAGAGGCUGCGGUACAAAGAGAAAAGGAAAGGCAACGGAUGCUUGCCAUCCCAGGGCUGAUUGCCCCAAGCGAAUUGCAAGAUGAGAUGGUAGACUCAUAGUGCUCUGUGAUUGUGCACUGCAUUGCUAAUCCAGUUUGAUGGUCGAUUAGGCCUCCAGAGGCCUCCAUGUCCCGGAGCCUGAGUUUUCUUCCAGGGUGGUGGUGGUGGUGAAAGGAGGGUGAUGCCUGCUGUAAUUUUAUUUCCGGUUUGGCGAUUCCAAGAUUUGUGCUGCUAGUUGAUGAUAGGGGAGAAUUUUGCCGCAAGAGGUGCUCGGGUGAGCCUUGCGGGCUGUUUGGUUGGCUAGAUGGAUGUGUUUUAGUGCUCGGUGAAACAUUUUGUGCGUGUGCUGAGCAUGAUAUAGUAUGGAUGUUGAUCCUUAAUUGUUAGUUUAGUCUAUAGAUUUGAUGACUGUAUUAUGAUGGUGAUGAUGUAUCAAGUGACUGAAUUUGGUCCGGGCUGAGCUGGUAGGAAAGCUGAUAAUCCUCCUAGUGCUUGUUUAUGUGAAAUAUGUUUCUUCUGAA